AUCUCCUCCUAUUACUCCAUAUAACCCCUCUUAUUACAUCUCCCCCUAUUACUCCAUAUAAUUCCUCCCAUCAUUCCCUGUAUCUUCUCCUCUAUACAGCUCCUCCCAUUCCUCAUAUUACUCCAUGUGUUGUGGAUAGUAUAUUCUUAUAUGGGGAGUAUGUGGAGUUUUGAGGGUUAAUGAGCGGUGGGGGAGGGGCAGCUGGGAUGAAUGGAGGUCUGUGAGCAGGAGGAACAGUCAGGAGGCGGAAGGAAAGUGCUGGAGAGGAAGAGGAGAAGGAGAAGGACGUGGACUCAGAGACUGCGGCCAGCGGGACCUUAUAUGGGUUCUGGAUAUGGUGAUGGCGCAGGACAAGGGACGACCCCGUGAGCCCCCGGACUUGUGGUCCGAUAUGGAGGAAAAGCUGUGGAUCCUACAGGACAUGAACAUGUUAUACAUCCGGCAGAUCGCCCUCAGCCUGCAGGAUACAGACAUCCAGAAGCGUAUAGACCAUGAGGUGCGGAUACGGGAGGGAGCAGUGAAGCUUCUUGGAGCAUGUACUCAGAAAGAACAGGCCUUGGAGGCAGCUAAGAGUCUCCUGGUGUGUAAUAGUCGCAUCAUGACAUAUAUGUCUGAACUACAGCACCGCAAGGAGGAGCAGGUCCUACAGCACAGCGCACGCAGGCCCUCAGAUGGGGGAAGUGUGGAUGAACGUCUCCCCUGCAAAGGAAAACUGUCGAUCUCGGAUUUGCGGAUCCCACUUAUGUGGAAAGACAGUGAAUAUUUUAAGAAUAAAGGCGAGCUCCACCGGUGUGCAGUGUUCUGCGCUCUGCAGAUCCGAGGAGAGGUUUACGACACGGAGAUGGUCUUUGUAGAUCGAACCACCACCGACAUUUGCUUUGAGAAUGCCAUAGUCUUCUCCGACGUAGACCCUGGGUUUGAGCUCAGUUUACAGCUCUACAGCUGUGCCGUGGAUGAAGAUUUUUCACUCUCGGGGACACCACGAAGAUUAUCCACCAGACUCAGCACUUCGCUGGGGAGAUCUUCUGGGCGCAGAUUACGAGCUACCAUGGAUGGGGCCUGUAGUAAUGGUGGAGGAAGCCCCAUCCUGCUUCCACCCCCCAGUUUCCCGGGGCCUAAAUUUCAGUUGUUAGCACAUACCAAGCUGACCCUGUCACUUGUGCAGGAUGGCUUCAGGACUCACGACCUCACCAUCAGCAGCUCUGAUGAGAGCUCCUGUUGGCUGCCAUUGUAUGGAAGCGUGUGCUGCCGUCUUACUGCACAGCCGGACUGUAUGAACCACGACAUGAUGUCCGGAGUUCUGCACAUCCAGGCACGGGGACAGAAGAGCUGGCAGCGCAUGUUCUGUGUGUUACGUGGAUGCCGGCUGCUCUGUUAUGGAGGACAAUGUACUCCGGGGUCAGAUACCGAACCGAAACUGACUGUGUUUGUUAAUAAGGAGACUAGGAUCCGGUGUUCGGAUCGUGAUAGUCAGAGUCAGGUUAAUACCUUGACCAUUACCAAUCGAUAUGGCUGCGAAGAGGUGACUCACACAGCCAAAGCCGAGAACCGAGAAGAUUUGCGCCGCUGGAUGGAGGCCUUCUGGCAGCACUUUUAUGACAUGAGUCAGUGGAAGCAGUGCUGUGAUGACUUGAUGAAAAUAGAAACCCCCCCACCCAAGAGACCAGCAGCAGCCCUUUCCAAACAAGGCUCCCUCUAUCAUGAAAUGGCUAUUGAGGGCCUGGGCCCCAUUCCUGACCUUCUUUCCCAGAGAAUGAAGGAAUUUGAGCUCCAGAGGGGUCUUGAUCCACCACCUUGGACGUCGUUCUUCCACAGCCCUUCACCUGGGCGUCCUUCUUGUUCUUCCUCUUCUGAUUGUGACAGUCCUCCAGCCCAGACCUCCAAACACAGACCUCGAACACUUUCCCUGGAUGCUAAGCUAACAUCCCUGAAGAGCCGUGGCCUCAAAAUGGCUGAGGGUCCAUCUGGUCAUGGUCCUUCUGGUCAUGGAUCCUCUGAGAGUCCUGGUCCUGAGGCAAGAAACAGCAGUGGCAGCAGUGGCAGCAGCACACCUGACUCAGAAAGGGGAUGUAACACCCGCAAGAAUAUUAAGAGCCUGAAAACCAAACUGGACCCAAGGAACUGGCUCCAAAGCCAAGUGUGAGCUGUCCACUAACCGUUCUAACCGCAGAAGGAGACAAGAGGCCAGAGGCAACCAUAUGUGAUGCCAGCAUGGCUGCGGACUCUAUUACUGGAGGUGCGUUGGAGCUGCCCCUCCCCCUUGGUUGAGGCCAGUGUUUUAUUGCUUCUGACAUGUAAUACGCCUGAAUGAGAUUAACACGGGGCCUGCCCUUGUGACACCAAAGGAAAGAUCCUCAGGGCACUGCCCACAAUCACAACCAAUGAUGGUAACACAUGGGAGACAUGGCAGGAACCCUCAAAGAUAGAACAAGAGGGAAGGAGGUGCUGAGCCCUCCAUACAUGGCAGCCAUCACCAGAACAGGUGCAAUAUAGAGAUAUAACAGUAUAAACCGGGUCUUCAGAUUCUCAUACAUUUUCCCAUGGCAGGAAUACCACAGUUCUGCUAUGCCCUUCCCUACAAAUCACAGGGCAGCAUACUGCUAAUGCACUAAAGUACGGCAAUUAUUUAUAUACAGUAUGUUUACAAAUUCUUUACUGCACUGUAGGGGGCACAGACGUGAUAUGAGGCACAGAGUCAGCUCCUCCCACUGCAGGGUGACAGGAGGGAGGUAUGAGGCACGGGCAGCUUCUCCCAUUACAGAGAAGGAUUUUCUCAGGCCACAGCCUCUGGAUGCUGCUCAUGUGGUCACUGGGCCCGUCAUGGUGUUGGCACCAGCUUCUCUCAAUGAUGUACCAGGAUGAAAGCUUUAUGAUGAUAACAGCCUAACCAAAUAUCUACUAACAGAGUAUUAUUAUAUGUCAAUAAAUGGUUACUGCCGA